GGCAGGGAACACGGCGCGAUGUCUGCUCGCUGCCAGCAGAGUCCGGUGCUGGCAGGCAGUGCCACUUUGACCGCCCUGGGGGCACUGGUCCUGUACCUCGCGAAGCCUUCCGGCUACGGGAAGUACUCGGAGAACCUGAUGCCCGCGGCUGUCCGUCUGCCCGCCCGCGCCGCCUGGUUCCUGCAGGAGCUGCCCUCCUUCGCGGUGCCCGCGGGGAUACUCGCCUGGCAGCCCAGCUCUCUCUUGGGUCCGCCUGCGACUGUGCUUCUGGGCCUCUUCUGCGCACAUUACUUCCACAGGACAUUUGUUUAUUCCCUGCUCACUAGAGGGAGGCCGUUUCCAGUUGUAUUCCUUUUCAGAGGCUUUGCCUUCUGCCUGGGAAAUGGAUUCCUCCAAGGCUACUAUCUGGCUUACUGUGCUGAAUACCCUGCUGAGUGGUACACAGACAUACGGUUUAGCCUGGGUGUCUUCUUAUUCAUUUUGGGAAUGGGAAUCAACAUUCACAGUGACUAUAUAUUGCGCCAGCUCAGGAAGCCUGGAGAAAUCAUCUAUAGGAUUCCACAAGGUGGCUUGUUCACAUAUGUUUCUGGAGCCAAUUUCCUUGAUUCUACCUCAAGAUGUUUGAUGACUACCCCAAGUCUCGGAGAGCCCUCAUUCCAUUCAUCUUUUAAAGAAACCAAAGAACAAGGGAACAAAGCUCCCAUGAUCCUGUUGAAAACCAUCAAGCUGCUGAACCUGUAACUUUCAAAGUCCCACUGUGUAUGUGUAAUAGUAGUGUGGCGUCCUGGCAGCUGGCCUGAGGAGUCUGCAUGGGUCCCCCUAGUGUCUCCUCCCACCCCGCUGGGGGUCUCUGUGCUGCUCUCCUGUUGAAGAAUAAGGCCCCACCUUUUAAUGCAGAGAUACCUGCUUCUUAGCUAUUCCUCCUAUAAAGUGCAAACUUCCCUAUGUGUUUUUUCUUUUGAAUGGCCCAAGUACAUGUGGCUUUAUACCUACUCUAUAUCAGUGUUAAGACUUCUGCAGUUGAGAAAGCUUUGAGUUGAGGGCAUUGCUUAUAGAAUUUAUUAAAGUACACAUUUGACUCCCAUACAAAUUAGCAGCAAUUUAAAUUCCGAAGCUGCACAGACCCAGAGCAAUUCUCCCCCCAAAUGAAAACCUACUCACCUCUCCUUUUCCUUAGUUAAUUAUGAAAGAUGUGACAUGAUUAAGUAGACUUUGAGCAGAGGAGCCCUCUCUUCAUUCUGCUGAAGAUGCAACAAUACAUUGACCCCAUUUCAAAUUUGUGCAUUGUCUUAGUAGCUCUGUGUUCCUGAAGAUUUCACAGUCCCCAUUAGAGAUACCAUACACAGGCUAACACAGAUAACUGGUGUGGAAUUUACCAAAGGUCAGGUUUUAAUGACCACAAAGAAGAAGAGAUGACUCUGGUUGACCACAGAGGGAGAGAGAAAGUAUUUUACCUAUAGACUGCAAACUCUCAUGGUUUUGGAAACUGGUGUGUGUAUGUGCUUAGUUGCUCAAUCGUGUCCGUCUCUUUGUGACCCCAUGGACUAUAGCCCACCAGACUCCUCUGUCCAUGGGGAUUCUUCAGGCAAGAAUACUGGAGUGGGUUGCCAUGCCCUUCUCCAGGGGAUCUUCCCAACCCAGGAAUUGAACCCAGGUCCCCUGCAUUGCAGGCGGAUUCUUUACCAUCUGAGCCACAAGAGAAGCCCUGGAAACUGGUGGAAAUAGCCAAAUAACGAGAGUGUCAGACAAUGGAAAAUACCGAGUUAGAGUGUAUGCUGUUUCCCUUGACCAGACAUGUACAGUGAUGGUGAAGCAUCUCAGAAGCACCCAGCAUCUCUUCCCUUCUGGAGUUUCUGCACCACAAUCCUUAGGAUCUGUUCAAGAAGGAAUCCCCUAGAGGUGCCUUGAACCUCAGUCCUUAGAAGUCCUGGGAGCCGAGGCUGGAAUUCACAACCAGAGGGACACUUCUAGGCAGACAACCUGCUUUGUUUGGCCCCAACAGUGUUUUACACAUAGUUUGGUUUUCUUUUUCUUUUUACAUUAAAAGUUUCCAAAAUUUAAAAAUUAGGAGGUUUCUUCAUUUUCCAGUUUCUUUUAGAACAUUGGAGAAUCUGGGCCUGUGGAGCCUGCCAAGAACUGGGACUGGUCAGCUGGUAGACAUCAGAAUUUGCAACCUCAGUGGAGGGGGGUGUCACCCUCAAGUGGAUGCUGAAACUUUGGGCUCUCUAAGGAAGGGACUGAACCCUCCUAAUCAGAAUACAUGAUGAUAUUUGUCUCUGCAGGUCUAGGUUUGUGUCCAGCAUUGGUAAUCUUUAGCAAAUCUCUUUGAGAAGUGAGCACCAGUUUCAUCCUAUGUAGUGCUAAGUGCAGAAAUUCACUAGCUAAAAUACACAGGACACUCAAAAGAUCUGAAGAUGUAUAUGACUGAAAAAUACAAAUUGUAAUCAUUUAUACACAUGUUUUGCUGUUUAAAUAACUCUCGAAUUAUGGAUAAGUAAGUUUUUUUUAAAUUAAAAGAUCC